CAGCUGACGUUCAGCUUCCGGGUAAAUGUCGAUACACUUCCGCUAAACUUCCUCUGCUUUACUUUCAUUGUUGACAGUUUGUUAACAACUGACACACUUUUCAAAUCCUAGUUAACAGUCGGAUUAACUGUAGUCCGUACAUCUGGAAUGACAUGUCGCUCGUUUUUUAGACAAAGUGACCGCUGCGUCAGUUGUGUCGUGAAUGUUUUCUUCACUGUUAGUGAGCUAAGCAGCUAGCCGCCUAGCCUGCUGUACAGCUGAUGUCUGUCUGGGAAUCUGCACUGAAAGCCAAGAUUAUGUUUCUCGGUGUCUUUUGUUAUGCUUUUACUUGUUUUGAAUAACAUGUGCAGCAUGGAAUCUGAGGGAAUCGUCAUCCGGAUAAAGACACCGGUGGGGGACAUGGACUCAUUAGUGGAUUGCCCAUCACAUCUCAACUUUAACGAUUUGCUGGCCGCGAUCAGGGAUGUCAUGCCUGAAGCUACAGUCACAGCUUUUGAAUAUGAGGAUGAAGUUGGUGACCGAAUCACAGUUCGCAGCGACGAGGAGCUCAAAGCCAUGCUGUCGUAUUACUGCAACACAGUGGUGGAGCAACGCAUCAAUGGACUGUUACCUGAGCCUUUACAGAUAUUUCCACGAGCCGGUAAGACCCCAGGGAUCCGCAACAUACACGGCCUGAAGGUGAACACGCGGCCCGAAUCCUCGAGUGGCAGGGGCUCCUCUGCGUCUGAUUCCCGGUCCAACGAUAGCAGUUUAAAGAAGUCUUCAGCUGAGCUUAAGAAGAUUUUGACAAACGGACAGAUAAAUGAACAUGACCUCCAGUACCAGGAGCAACUUGGCCAUGGAAAUGGUGGAACAGUUUACAAAGCAUACCACCUGCUUGGGAAGAGAAUUGUAGCAGUGAAGGUUAUUCCUUUAGACAUCACGGUGGAGCUGCAGAAGCAAAUCAUGUCAGAGCUUGAAAUCCUUUAUAAGUGUGAUUCUCCGUACAUCAUAAAGUUCUACAGUGCUUUCUUUGUGGAGAACAGAAUAUCAAUAUGCACUGAGUUUAUGGAUGGGGGCUCACUGGAUGUCUACUGGAGAAUCCCAGAGCAUGUUUUGGGCAGGAUUGCUGUUGCGGUGGUAAAAGGAUUAACAUACCUCUGGAGCCUGAAGAUUUUACACAGAGAUGUGAAACCCUCCAACAUGCUGGUUAACACACGGGGUCAGGUCAAACUGUGUGACUUUGGAGUCAGCACGCAGUUGGUGAACUCCAUUGCUAAAACAUAUGUCGGAACCAAUGCAUACAUGGCGCCAGAGCGGAUAUCUGGGGAACAGUAUGGUAUUCACUCAGAUGUGUGGAGCGUAGGGAUCUCUUUCAUGGAGUUGGCGCUGGGCUCUUUUCCAUAUCCACAGAUUCAAAAGAACCAGGGUUCCUUAAUGCCUCUUCAGUUAUUGCAGUGCAUUGUUGAUGAGGAUCCUCCUGUGCUUCCAGUUGGCCAGUUCAGUGAGAAAUUUGUCCACUUCAUUACACAAUGUAUGAGGAAGCAACCCAAAGAGAGACCAGCUCCAAACAACCUUAUGGAUCACCCCUUUAUCGUGCAAUAUAAUGACGGCAACACUGAGGUCGUGUCCAUGUGGGUGUGCCGCAGCCUAGAGGACCGCAAAGCCCAGCAGGCCCAGAGACUCAUGUGAACAACACUGGCACAGGAUGGAAUUAUGGGAGAUGGUGUCCACAUUUCCUCACUUUAUGUUUCUGAAUCUAGAAAAGCAGCAGCUGAACUUGCAGCACUUCUUCCCUUGCUUGAGUUUAAUGGUGCACGGUGAGACAACUGCUACAUGUCUAAUGCAGAUUAUGCUAGCUUCCUGCACAUGAGGAUUUUAACCGUGUGUAUUGGUUUGCAUUGAUGCAAAUCUUUAACUUUGUUCUUCUGCAGUGGGUUUCUUUUUGUGCAGAUUCCAAAGUAAAUGUUUUCACAGAAGAUCCUUGCGGGGGGCUGUUGCUCGCUUGACUCGAUUUGAGUAAAAAAUAGUGUCUCUGUCUGUACUUAAAGCCACAAUCUGGUUUUGCCAAAACAUUGUGGGCAUGUCAUAAAUCAUCUCAAGUUCAGUGAAACAUUACAGUUUUCAAAUAUAUGGGGUUGUGUCGAGCAUUGCUCCCUGCUGCAGUGCAAGUCAUGCUGCUGUUGUUUUAAAAGCCACUUUUUGUUGAGUUUCACAGAUGGCCUACCACUUGUGGCAAUAGCCCAAUGAAGUUAGAAAAAUGUGAUGCCUUGUUACGGUGGAAGGCAGUGGAUGGCAGCUUGUGCAGAUAAGCUUUUAGAUGGUCCAGCAGUAGCUGACUGUAAUGCUGCAUUAGAGGCCUGCAAGUUUCAUUCUUGGCCUCAUUCUAUAUAAACCCAGUUGUGAACUUUAUUCAAGUGGUUCAUGGGAAUCAAUUGCUUUGAUUCAGACUCAUUUUGAAGUUUGUUUUAUAUACUUUUAACUCCAUUAACACUACUGUUUAAAAUUUUGGGGUCAGUAAGAUAUUUUGUUAAAGAAAUUAAUACUUUUAUUCAACUAGGACACAUUAAAGGGUUAGUUCACCCAAAAAUGAAAAUUCUGUCAUUAAUUACUCACCCUCAUGUUGUUCCACACCCGUAAGACCUUCGUUCAUCUUCGGAACACAAAUUAAGAUAUUUUUGAUAAAAUCCGAUGGCUCAGUGAGGCCUCCAUUGACAGCAAGUUAAUUUACACUUUCAAACACCCAGAAAGGUACUAAAGUUAAAUUUAAAACAGUUCAUGUGACUACAGUGGUUCAACCUUAAUGUUAUAAAGUGACGAGAAUAUUUUUUGUGUGCCAAAAAAACAAAAUAACGACUUUAUUCAACAAUAUCUAGUGAUGGGUGAUUUCAAAACACUGCUUCAUGAAGCUUUAAAGCUUUAUGAAUCUUUUGUUUCGAAUCAUUUCUUGACGUAGCAAAGCCUCGUUUACUGAAAUCACGUGACUUUGGCAAUUUGAUACACGCUCCGAACCACUGAUUUGAAACAAAAGAUUCGUAAAGCUUUGAAGCUUCAUGAAGCAGUGUUUUGAAAUCGCCCAUCACUAGAUAUUGUUGAAUAAAGUCGUUAUUUUGUUUUUUUGGCGCACAAAAAGUAUUCUCAUCGCUUCAUAGCGUUAAGAUUGAACUACUGUAGUCACAUGAACUGUUUUAAAUAUGUCUUUAGUAGCUUUCUGGGCAUUGAAAGUGUUAAUUAUCUUGCUGGCAAUAGAGGCCUCACUGAGCCAUCGGAUUUUAUGAAAAACACCUUAAUUUGUGUUCCAAAGAUGAACGAAGGUCUUAUGGGUGUAGAAUGACAUGAGGGUGAGUAAUUAAUGACAGAAUUUUUAUUUUUGGGUGAACUAACCCUUUAAAUGGGUCAAAAGUGAUCAUAAAGACAAAGUUAAAAAAGAUUUAAAUUUCAAAUGCUGUUCUUUUAAACUUUUAUCAAAGAUUCCUGCAAAAAGUAUUAUGGUUUCCUCCAAAAUAUUAAGCAGCACAACUAUUGUCAACAUUGAUAAUAUGAAUACAUUUCUUGAGGACCAAACCAGCAUAUUAAAAUGAUUUCUGAAGGAUCAUGUGACAGCUUUACCAUCACUGGAAUGCAUUACAUUUUAAAAUAUAUUAAAAUAGAAAACUGCUAUUCUAAAUUGCAAUCAUAUUUCACAAUAUUACUGUUUUUACUGUAUUUUUGAUCAAAUAAAAGCAGCCUUGGUGAGCAAAAGAGAAAAAAUCUUACUGACCCUAAACUUUUGAAUGAUGUCAUACAUUUCAAAGUUAUACAGCAAAUCAGAUUUAGCCAUUUGGAAAAGAAAACUUUACGACAGUUAGAAAUUAGAUGAAUUUAGAUGAGAACGUGUGAAUUCUCUUAUAUUAGCCCAGUCUUAAGACAGUCUCAACAGAUUCCUCCAUACGUAUGAGCACAGCAGGAUCCACUGAACUGUUGCAAGAAUGGCAAUAGUGACUCAUGAAAUCCAAUAGCACCACUUUAAGCCAGAAUUCGCUUUUAUCCUCUACUUCAUAAAAUAUUAAGCAAACUCCCAAUACAACUGUAUGCAUUGGAUUUAACCAACUUCACUUGUCUGAGAAUUUUAUCAAAGUAAAUCAGCAUUAGACACUCCAAGCCAUAACAUCUGCUUUCCUUUCUUAUAUUUUAGUAGCCAUUUUAAUGUCUCAUCAGUAUUACUGUAACGUUUGUUUGUUUUUUUUAAAUGCAAGGUCCAAAUAUAUCUUUUUUGUUUAGAUAUUGUGGUUCAUCAGUGCCUGUGUCUGUUGAGAAAAUAUUUAGAAUUAUUACUCAAUAUGACUCAACACAGUGGAAGAAGAGAGUUUUUCUAUAUAAUGAAUGUGUAUAGUUCUGAAAAUGUAGUUGACACAUACCAAAGCCAAAUACAUUAUAUUGUUGAUUUUUUUUUUUUUUUUUUUUUAAACUGUACUAUAAGUUAUAUUAUUUGUUGCUCCUUUUUUCUUAUGUAGAACUAUCUCAGAUUAGUUUCUCAGAUUAUAAAGACAUUCGGCCAAAACAUAAUCUAUGAGAAACAAAAACAAAUGUGACUACCUAAAGCAGUUGGGGUGAGGUUUGCACAUAAAGGAGAGUUUUCUAAAUAAAACCUUUCAGAUCUCA